AUGGGUUCGGCUGUAUACUACAGUAUCCUGGGCACUUUUAUCUGCACUGGCAUUCUUCUCGGGACCACAAUCGUCGUCGUGCUCAAUAUUGUAAAUGAUAUUGGCGACUUUCAAAUGCAGGUCGUCGAGGAUAUUAGCCAAUUCAAGUACGAAAGUAAGUGUAUUGUCUUAUGGGAAUCGAACUGCUUCCAGACCUAUGCCGAUGAUGCAUGGACCGUAAUGAUGACCACGAACAAAGCCGCUCUUCCCCAACGCCAAAGUGUCUUCUACCAGGCCCUAGCUCGCAACAAGAGACAGGGAACAUACGCUGACGGAGGCGGCUUUGUCACAGGCGGUGGAGGAGGAUCAGUAGGAGGAGAAUGCAAUUGCGCACCUCAAGCUUCCGGCUGUCCUCGGGGCCCGCCUGGUAAGAUCUGCAAAAAAUAUGGUUAUGAUCUGAAAUUUAAAUUCAUUUGUGCAGGUCCUCCUGGAUAUGCAGGAAUACCAGGACAGGACGGAAUUCCUGGCCAUCCUGGCCAGCCAGGUGCUUCGGGUUACACUGAUACUUCAUUCCAUUCAUCCGGUUGUAUCCAGUGCCCUGCUGGACCUCCUGGUGCUCCUGGACCUAGCGGAGCUCCCGGUCCAGCAGGAGCCCCAGGAAAUCCAGGGCAAGACGGAUCAGGUGGCGGUUCAGGCCCCGCAGGACCUCCUGGACCUCCGGGAGCACCUGGACAAAACGGAAAUCCCGGUGCACCAGGACAAGAUGGAGCGCCAGGAGCACCAGGAACCAGAUCAAGAAGCUAUCCCGGUCCAGCCGGUGCUCCAGGACCUGCAGGAGCUCCUGGUUCGCCUGGUCAGAACGGCAGUAGCUAUGGAGUCGGUGCCCCAGGACCAUCAGGACCACCAGGUCGACCAGGUAACAACGGGAGACCAGGAAGUCCAGGAGCACCAGGACAGCCU